AUGCCACGCGGUGGCCGUCGCCAGGUCGCGGCUGAAGAUGACGACUCUGAUUCUGGCUAUGGCCUGGAACCAAUGUCGCCCAAUACCAAGAAGGAGCAUGACAAGAAGAAGAUCAUGGAGGCCGAUCUAGGAGUGGCAACCGCAAACUUCAUUAAGACGAGUGAUUACAGCAACCGCAUCGUGACCUCCAAUCUUCCACUCAUUCGCCAGUGCGACAUCCCAAACACAGAAGAGGCGAAAGUGGUCAAAGAAAAUAAGGCACAGCUGAACGAGUGGAACAACUGGAAAUACACUGAGGAAGCGCAGCAGACUGCUUCAGGAGAUGGCUUGAUAGGCGGCAUGACUGGGGGUGGGCACCGCUUCAACACCAUGGCAGCUUUGAAGGCGGACAGCAGCAGACUCGGACGCCCCAUUACAUUGGAUGAUACUUACGACGACCGACCGAAAGGUUCUGCUCAGAAGUUCGGUGGUAUGGUCGGUGGUACCUCCCAUGCGAAAGGGUUUAGACCACCACCGCUGACUCAUACCCUCAAAGCCCCAUUGGUGCUCCCUGCUUCGACCUCGAAGAAGAGACGUGGCGCAGCCACCCAAGCGCGACCAUGGCCCCCUCCAGCACUGCAAGGCACCCCGGCUUUCACCAAUGCUGACAGUCAAGCAACACCUAAGAAAGGAAUUCAAACUCAUAAACCAAUGACUGGAAGCACAAGUCUCCCUGGGCAAGCUGGUCCGUCCAGAGCUCCCGCGAGGAAAAAUACCGUCACUGCGGCUGUGGAUAGCAGCACCGCAGCCCGCCCUCGUCCUGCGAUCGCAGGUCAAUACCUUGUAGAUCCGUCCACAUUCAUGUCAUCAGUCAUGAAGUUGAUAUCCCCUGGGCCUAAGGCGACGGAGCCAGUACAAGCUCAAGUGAAUCUCACAACAAGCGCCACUGUUACACAGGGUCCUCCUCCACCAUCCUCGGCACCAACCAACAGCGUUGACACCAAUAUCGACACGAUUCGCAAAGUCCCUGUCACCGAAUUUUCUUUUCCCCUGAGUGGUACGCUUGCUCCAGGACAUGUAUCAACGCAUACCGACGGUGAACCAAGUCCCGCAGCACUCUCUGGCUUCUCCCCAUCUGCUGCCAGUCAAGCACCUGUGCCACAGAUUGCCGAUGUUGAUGCACUUGCAGACGCUCUUGUUGGGCUGGGUAUCGAGGGUGCACCUGUGAACAAGCCUUCGACCGUGGAUACUCAAUUUCUGACCGCUACAAGUCCAGUUGACGCAUCAUCCCAGUCCGGUAGCCUGAUGGAUUCACCUGUUCCUGAAGAUGUCGCAGCAGAUGUUCUUGUGGCGGACAACGACAAGAAUGUUGUCGUUAUCAAUGGUGUUCGAUAUGUCCAAGAGUCCGAGCUCCUGGCCUUAAAAGGAUCCCUGAAGAAUCCGGACACGACAGUCGAUGCUGGCCCUCACCUGCAUGUCAGCCCCCUGGUGAGCCCUGCCGCCACCACACUUGAUCCAUUGAGCAACCAGAUUCGUACAGAAUCUUUGCUUCCUUCGUGCGAGGUCGAGUCGAGUAGGAUGGCCAAGUCCACCGGCAUGAUGAACCCAUUCAGCCCUCGUGAACCAGUCACCGAAGAGGUCAAGGUACAAGCACAUGCGAACCCAACUUCGACAGAUCAACCAUUUGAACCACCUGUGCGAGCCUCACCACGAACCCUCGAUGAGGUCUUGGUUGCCGCGGUGCGUGCUGCAGCGAUUCCACGUUCCGGUGCUCGGACUGCCACACAAGCUUCCUCGACUCCUGAGACAGGCAAGUCUACGGUCACCAGCAAUACGAUUAUCUCAAAGUGGGCUGUUCCAGAAGAGAACGCUAAACCAUCCGUCAUGCAUCUGGCCAGCCAAGCUGGUACAGAUUCAAAGCCGACUAAGACCACGAAUACAGUCAAUACAAUAGUAUCGAAGUGGGCUACACCAAUCGAGCCUGCUAAGCCAUCCGUCUUGCAGCCAAAACCGUCCAAUGGUACCCAAGCUCAUGCUUCCAAGGCUGUACCGAUCGUCAAGUCAAAAGGUACACCUCAAGCCGCUGCUCCCACCACAGCGCAGUCCGCGACAGACAGCAUCAUUGGUGACCGCCGUAUCUUCGGUCGUAUUUCCACUUAUGCCGCAAACGGACCAACUCAUGAUGAGCCACCGCACAGACCGGCACCACAGCGAAAAUACCACGCACCUGGACCAGGGUACGCCUUGCUUCUGGCUGAUUUGGAAGCUGCAGGUGCAGUGUCCUCUUCUACUGCAAAGGAGCUCAACGCAGAAAAGAAGUUGUGA